ACAAUGACACAUUUUAAAGAAUAUUCAAAGAUUAUACGAGUUGUAAUAUCAAGCUUAUAUGUAAGAGUUGUAAACUCUUUUUUGAACCCAUCUUCAUAUACCAAAGUCAACAUGUUCCACAUGUUUGAGAUCUCCGGCGAAGUUAUCAAGGCUUUGGGGUUGAGGACGAAGAUUCUUAUAACAGUCUUCGUCUUUAGUUGCUUACUGAUUUUUUCUGUAUUGUUACUAUCAUCUUCAAACAAUUUCAAUAUUCAACUUCUUGAUGCUUCAAUCAACGAUGAUGAAUAUGAGACAACUAGGGAUAAAUUGAUAGGAGGGCUUUUAACCGCGGAUUUCGAUGAAGGCUCUUGUUUGAGUAGGUAUCAUAAAACGUUUUGGUAUCGGAAGCCUUCACCAUACAAGCCUUCUGAAUAUCUUGUAACUAAGCUAAGAAGUUAUGAGUCGCGUCACAAACGUUGCGGUCCAGGGACAAAAGCUUACAAGAAAGCUACAAAGAACCUUAGUCGCGAUAAGAAAAACUACGCGAGCGAAUCAGCUGGUGAAUGUAGAUAUGUCGUGUGGAUCGCGGAUUACGGGCUUGGGAACAGGAUGCUUACUCUAGCUUCUGUGUUCCUUUACGCUCUCUUGACAGAUAGGAUCAUUCUUAUUGACAACCGCAAGGAUCUUGGUGAUCUCUUAUGUGAGCCAUUUCCAGGUACUUCAUGGUUGCUUCCUCUUGACUUUCCAUUGAUGCAAUAUAAUCGCUUCAACAAGGAUUACUCUCGUUGUUACGGGACUAUGUCGGAAAAACAUACCAUCAACUCGACUUCGAUCCCGCCUCAUCUAUAUCUUCAUAUCCUCCAUGAUUCAAGGGAUAGUGAUAAGAUGUUCUUCUGCCAAAAAGAUCAAAGUUUGAUUGACAAAGUCCCUUGGUUGAUUGUUAGAGCCAAUGUUUACUUUGUUCCAUCUCUAUGGUUUAAUCCAACCUUCCAAACCGAACUAACUAAGAUGUUUCCGCAGAAAGAAACAGUCUUUCAUCAUUUGGCUCGGUAUCUUUUUCACCCGACAAAUCAAGUUUGGGGUAUGGUCACUAGGUACUACCAUGCUCACUUAUCCAAAGCAGAGGAAAGACUCGGUAUUCAAAUACGCGUUUUUCGCGAUCAAGGUGGAUACUACCAACACGUCAUGGACCAGGUCGUAUCUUGCACACAAAGAGAGAAACUUUUGCCUAUAUUGUCUACACAAGAAGAAGCAAAAGUCAAUAUAUCGAACACUCCAAAACGUAAAGCUGUUCUUGUCACAUCUUUGUCUCCUGAGUACUCUAAAAAGCUAAAGAACAUGUUUUCAGAACCAUCAAGAUCGAUAGGAGAGAUUAUAAAAGUCUAUCAACCAAGUGGAGAAAGAUAUCAGCAAACAGACACCAAGAUCCACGACCAAAAGGCGCUUGCCGAGAUGUAUCUUUUGAGCUUAACUGAUAACAUUGUUACAAGCGCAAGGUCUACAUUUGGGUAUGUUGCUUAUAGUCUUGGAGGGUUAAAGCCUUGGUUACUUUAUCAGCCAAAUGAUGUCAAAGCUCCUGAUCCGCCUUGUGUUCGAUCCACGUCGAUGGAGCCUUGUUUCCUUACUCCUCCUUCUCAUGGAUGUGAAGCUGAUUGGGGAACUGACUCGGGCAAAGUUGUUCCUUUUGUUAGGCAUUGUGAGGAUGAUACUUAUGCACUUAAGGUUUAUGAUGAAUUAUAGAUAUUGUUUUAUGACAUUUUAUUUCAUUGGUUUAUUGAGUUAUUCCCACAUAGGAGAAAUGUAAUAAUUUUUUUUGUCUUCUGUAAUAUUAAUCAUCUGAAUUACUAUA